GAAAGUAUACUGGUUCCGCGGCUUCUUCCUUGUGGCUAUGCACAAUCGCAAAGCUGCUUCCGCUACCCAACUUCACAGUCAGAGAGAGUUUUCCAAGAUGGCGACUUCCUUCCAAUACCCAACCACUUCCUUGAGCAAGGAGCUCACACAACUCAUUCCAAUCGAAAUUUACGAAUAUAUAAUCUCUUUCCUAGAUCAUUCGCCUACUUCGAAGAGCUGCAGUUUAACGUGCAGAUCAUGGCUUCAAGCGAGUUGGAAACGUCUCUUCGCAGGAACCAUUCUGAUGGUUCAUCGAGAGAAUAUCGAUGACCUCUUGGAGAUUGUGGAACGAGAUGUUCAUUUUGUGACGAUCAUCCGUUUCGUACGAGGGCUGUACCUCGAACAAGGAGGUUCACUUCGAUUACCAACAUGGUCGGACUCAGAAGAAAGGGACAAAUACAAAGAGGCCUUUCAAUUUGAUAAAUACCUACCUCUUCUUGUCGGGUUCAAAUCCGUGCGUAUGCUGAAGCUUGGCUGGAUUCGUGGGGAUACAGGCCCACCUACCGCAUUAUCUCUCCAGAACAAUUUCGGUGUAGGAGUUACUGCAUUGGAGCUUAACUCUGUUAUCCUGUCUUCCCCUUUACAAUUCUUCGAGAUAUUACACGCCCUUCCUCAACUGACUAGCCUCAUGCUGGUUGGAUUAAAAUUUAAUAGCGGGCGACCUAGCGAGGAUGCCCGUGAGGCCCCGGGUAUGACGCUAGUCGACACUCCCAAGCCUCCACGACUACAGGAGUUGUAUUGUAAUGUCACAGAGGACAUUGCAGAUUUUAUUUUCUCGUGGUUUGCGUUCCACGGGCCUAUUCCAAUCGAGACAGUUGCGGUGGGAUUAUUCAACGGGUCAACCAACAGCAAGGUGUCUCGAUUCUUGUUUGAGAGUGGUUCCACAAUUGAUACUGUGAAGAUCUGGGAUGCAUAUUCGCAAGACGAUUUUGAUUUAUCACCUUGCGUAAGGAUGCGCACGUUGAGGAUGGGAUGGAUCCAUCUUUCUUCCUCUUCCCCUCCUGGCUCGGAAACAUUUGUAACUGACGUCCUCAAGACAGUCAGCUCUCCAUAUCUAGAAGAGAUAACAGUGGUAUUACAAAUUCUGGUGUCAAAUUCACCGGGCGUGGAGAGUGACCUGGGUGCCUUUGACUGGAGAGGUUUGAUGUCUGUUCUCCAGCAGCCGCAUUUUAGAAACCUUCGCAAAUUCUGUCUCUCUGUUUCAAGUCAUACUAGGGUGGUCAAACAAGCUUUGAUGAAGCACAUAAACCCUGUGAUAGCUUCGGGGAAGUUGCCUUUUAACCCGGAUGUAUUUCACGUAGUAGCGUGGUCUCGAACCGAGUUUAGAGGUCACUGGUGAUUAAAUAAUGACUGUCCUCGUACUAUUAGUAGUUAAGUACUACAUAGAAAUGAGGUCCAUGACAUCAUAUUGAGCGCAAUAUAUAA